AUGCCGAGGGCGAGCAGAAGGGCGGCGGCGAGGGUCUGGUUGCCCUUGGCCAGGGCUGGUUGGAAGAGGUCGCUAGACGACUCCUGCCAGAGCUGGUAUAGUGAUGAAUCCAUGUGCCUCGUCCUCGUUGCUUGUUUUGGAAUGCGACUGGUGUCGUGUACAAAUGGGAAGCGCAAAGCAACCGAGGACCCGGCCUCUCCAGUGUCGGCGAAACGACCAAAACAUGAAUCGCCCGACUCACCCGAAAAGAAGAAGCCCGCCGAGAUAGCACGGAUCCCGUUCCCCGAGAAGCCGGCCGUUAUCGAGGAGCGCAACGGCGAGAUAGAGUUUCGCGUUGUCAACAACGAUAACGAGCGCGAGUCCCUCAUUAUCCUGACCGGGCUGAAAUGCAUCUUUCAGAAACAACUUCCCAAAAUGCCAAAGGACUAUAUUGCGCGCCUUGUCUACGACCGAACACAUCUUUCCAUCGCCAUUGUCAAAAAGCCCCUCGAGGUCGUCGGCGGCAUCACGUACCGUCCCUUCAAAGGUCGCCAGUUUGCAGAGAUUGUGUUUUGCGCUAUAAGCAGCGACCAACAAGUCAAAGGCUAUGGCGCGCAUCUCAUGUCGCAUUUAAAAGACUACGUGAAGGCCACGUCGGACGUGAUGCACUUCCUAACCUACGCAGACAAUUAUGCCAUCGGAUACUUUAAAAAACAGGGGUUCACCAAGGAGAUUACCUUGCCAAAGUCUGUAUGGAUGGGUUACAUCAAGGACUACGAGGGCGGCACCAUAAUGCAAUGCAGCAUGCUCCCGCGAAUACGUUACCUUGAAAUGGGCCGCAUGUUGCUGAAGCAAAAGGAGUGCGUCCAUGCCAAGAUCCGCGCAUUUUCAAAAUCCCACAUUGUUCAUCAGCCGCCGAAGCAGUGGAAGAACGGCAUUGAGCCCAUCGACCCGCUGUCCAUCAGCGCCAUCCGCGCCUCUGGCUGGUCCCCCGACAUGGACGAGUUGGCGAGGCAGCCACGCCACGGACCCAACUACAACCAGCUGCUUCACCUGCUUAACGAUAUGCAGAACCACCAGAGCGCGUGGCCAUUCCUGGUACCCGUCAAUAAGGACGACGUCGCCGACUACUACGAGGUCAUCAAGGAGCCCAUGGAUCUGUCCACCAUGGAGAACAAGCUCGAGAUGGACCAAUACCCGACGCCUGAGGACUUUAUCCGCGAUGCCAAGCUCAUCUUUGACAACUGCCGCAAGUACAACAAUGAGUCUACUCCGUAUGCAAAAUCAGCCAACAAGCUCGAGAAGUUCAUGUGGCAGCAGAUCAAGGCCAUUCCCGAGUGGUCACAUCUUGAACCGUGA